GUGACUCUUAAUAGCUUUACUCUUAUUUAUUUUUUACAGGAUUUUAUACAACUUUUUCAUAUUAAGUUGAUCCUAUUAAAUACUAGCAUCUAAAACAGUUCCUGUCAGAGUAGGUGUUUUAUAACUAUGUGUUGGAUGAAUUGCUAAUAAUACCUUUGAGCCUGACUUUAUGGACUUUCGAAAUUUUAGAGCUAAGAGGUACCUAAAGAUUUAUUUAGUAUAAGCUUUAUCACUUUUACUACUGUUAAACCACUAAGAUCACCAAAUGGGUGAACAGGAACAGCCUGUGGUCCUUCUGAGGGGAGGCGCCUCCUGGAAACAUUCCAGAGCCCCAGGAGGACCCAGAGCCCUCAGGAGACUGGCUGACAAUCACCCCUAAAUUCUUCUGUGAGUCGACCUCCAGAGUUUAUUUAGAGAUCUGUUUGGAGGUUAUGGAUGACAAGCCCAAUCCUAAAACCUCAAGUGAGAGUUCAGAGCGUCUCUUCUCCUUUGGAGUUAUUGCAGAUAUUCAAUAUGCUGAUUUAGAAGAUGGCUAUAACUUCCAUGGAAACAGGCGGCGAUACUACAGACACAGUCUUGUUCACUUACAGGGUGCCAUUGAUGACUGGAAUACCCAAAGCAGCACACUCAGUUGUGUCCUUCAGCUUGGAGAUAUCAUUGAUGGGUACAAUGCCCAGCAUAAAGCAUCAGAAACGUCCCUAGAACUUGUUAUGAACACAUUCCAGAAGCUUAAAGUUCCAGUUCACCAUACAUGGGGAAAUCAUGAAUUCUAUAACUUUAGUAGAGAUUAUUUAACAAACUCUAAACUUAACACUAAGUUUCUAGAGGACCAGAUUGCACAUCAUCCUGAGACCAGGCCUUCAGAGAAUUACUACGCUUAUCAUUUUGUACCAUUCCCUAAAUUCCGGUUUAUUUUACUGGAUGGUUAUGACUUGAGUGUCUUGGGAGUGGAUCAAUCUUCUCCAAAAUACCAGCAGUGUAUGAAGAUUCUGAAGGAGCACAAUCCAAAUAUGGAAUUGAAUAGUCCUCAAGGACUUUCAGAGCCCCACUAUGUUCAGUUUAAUGGAGGAUUUAGCCAAGAACAGCUGAACUGGUUGAAUGAAGUUCUUACAUUCUCUGACACAAACCAAGAAAAAGUGGUGAUUGUGAGUCAUCUUCCCAUUUACCCAGAGUCCUCUGACAGUGUAUGCCUGGCUUGGAACUACAGAGACGCCUUGGCAGUCAUCUGGUCUCAUGAGUGUGUGGUAUGUUUCUUUGCUGGUCAUACUCAUGAUGGUGGCUACUCUGAGGAUCCCUUUGGUGUGCACCAUGUCAACCUGGAAGGAGUUAUUGAGACAGCUCCAGACAGCCAGGCUUUUGGCACAGUUCAUGUCUAUCCUGACAAGAUGAUGUUGGAAGGGAGAGGCAGAGUUCCAGACAGAAUUAUGAAUUAUAAGAGGGAAAAAGCACUCCAUUUUUAGUUUGAUGUAUUUUAGUCUGAUCUCAGAAAGAGAAUGAGCUUUGUGUUCACUCCUCUCAAAAACAAAUUAAAAAGCCUCAGUGUCAUUGUUUAGUA